AUGAUUCGAUUUCAUGCAACUGUGUGGGCUUCAGCAAUCAUAAGUGGUAAAGUCACCUCAAUUUAUGAGCUUACACUAGAAUAUUUAGAAACAAUUGAAGAAAGAUUGCCAAGCAAUACUGUUGAAUCCAAAGAAUUCAAUAUUGCUGGUGAUAGAUUUAAAACACUGAAGGAUGCAUAUCCAAUGGAAAUCUCAGAGAAG